AUGUGUUUGGCGGGAAGCAGCUGUCCUGUGGCCAAGUGGCAGCCAUCCCUGGUGACGUGUACACGACAGCAGGCCCAGUGGCAGCCAUCCCUGGUGACGUGUACACGACAGCAGGCCCAGUGGCAGCCAUCCCUGGUGACGUGUACACGACAGCAGGCCAAGUGUCAGCCAUCCCUGGUGACGUGUACACGACAGCAGGCCAAGUGGCAGCCAUCCCUGGUGACGUGUACACGACAGCAGGCCAAGUGGCAGCCAUCCCUGGUGACGUGUACACGACAGCAGGCCAAGUGGCAGCCAUCCCUGGUGACGUGUACACGACAGCAGGCCAAGUGGCAGCCAUCCCUGGUGACGUGUACACGACAGCAGGCCAAGUGGCAGCCAUCCCUGGUGACGUGUACACGACAGGAGGCCCAGUGGCAGCCAUCCCUGGUGACGUGUACACGACAGCAGGCCCAGUGGCAGCCAUCCCUGGUGACGUGUACACGACAGGAGGCCCAGUGUCAGCCAUCCCUGGUGACGUGUACACGACAGCAGGCCCAGUGGCAGCCAUCCCUGGUGACGUGUACACGACAGCAGGCCAAGUGUCAGCCAUCCCUGGUGACGUGUACACGACAGCAGGCCAAGUGGCAGCCAUCCCUGGUGACGUGUACACGACAGCAGGCCAAGUGGCAGCCAUCCCUGGUGACGUGUACACGACAGCAGGCCAAGUGGCAGCCAUCCCUGGUGACGUGUACACGACAGCAGGCCAAGUGGCAGCCAUCCCUGGUGACGUGUACACGACAGCAGGCCAAGUGGCAGCCAUCCCUGGUGACGUGUACACGACAGGAGGCCCAGUGGCAGCCAUCCCUGGUGACGUGUACACGACAGCAGGCCAAGUGUCAGCCAUCCCUGGUGACGUGUACACGACAGCAGGCCAAGUGGCAGCCAUCCCUGGUGACGUGUACACGACAGGAGGCCCGGCCAUGUUGUUGUUCUAGAGUCAGUUACCUGGAAGAAUAA